GCAGCACCAGUUCUACUACCUCUUCGGGUUCCUCGCGCUGGUGCUGUGCAUCCUGAUGGUCACAUGCGCCGAGAUCUCCAUAGCGCUGACGUACUUCCAGCUGACCUCAGAGGACUACCGCUGGUGGUGGCGGGCCUUCCUGUCGAGCUCCUCGUCCGGCCUCUACGUCUUCCU